ACACGCUGCUGGGGGAUUUCCUGCUCACCUACACCGUGUUCAUGCCCAGCUCGCAGCUCUGCAGGGCUCUGCUGCACCAGUUCCGCUCGGAGCCGCUGGAGGGUUCGGAGCAGGACAAAGCCGCCUUCGCGCUGCUCAAGCGCCGCAAGAUCCUGCGCCUGGUGAGCCAGUGGCUGCUGCUCUACGGGCGGCUCCUGCAGGGCGACCGCGGCACCACGGCCCUGCUGCAGAACCUGGCGGACCUGGCGAGCCGCGACCCCCGCCUGGGGGGGCUGGGGCAGGAGCAGGAGCGGCGGCGGCCCCGGGG